AUGGCUUCCUCUGCGACUCUGGGAGAGUUGUGCUGUACCUACGCAACCCAUGUAUGCAAAGACACCUCAUUCCCUGCUCCUGUAACAUCUACGUGCCCACUACUCCGCAAAUUUAGGAUUGCUUUUACUCCCUAUGGCUUUAUUUGCAGCUUUCAUCAUAAAGCUGUUCCGCCCAAGGCACUACUGCAGCACAUAUGGCAUAAGUCACACAAGCAGGAUUGUAAUGCUUAUUUUAAGACAGAAUUUGUUGCUGCGGUCGCACAUAUCCUACAAAGCCACUGCGUACCCCCAGAUAUGGAUGUAAUUUCAAUCCCUAGCGCCGUGCCCGACCUUAUCCCAGGACUUGAAGCUGUCUUCUCCUUCAAGUGCCCUGCUACAAACUGUCUGGAGUGGUUCAAAGCAGGGCCGGGCGAAACUACUGGGACACAGCAGCGCCGCAUAGUUUUACACUGGAAUAGCUCGCACCGGACAGCUGGGGGCAGUGGGUCACCUCCGUUUGAAGGUCGGUAUAUAAUUCGUCCAUACCAUAACGUCGUCGAUGCCAGGGACCCCCUGGUACGAACCGUCGUCAUCUUGCCAAAAACCUGGUCCCCACCCAUCCCUUCCCCCGCUACAUCCACGAGCAUCCAAGACGCACCCACUAUUCGCAUACCCGUUGAACACUCCUUUCUGAGUAACAUAAAGUGGCCUCACUACCUGCAAAGCUUGCAGGCAGACCCCGCUAAGCUUCGAGCGCUUGUAAAGCUGCCCAACCCGCACCGCGUCUCACAUUUGUCUGAGAGGCAAGAACGCUUAGAACUUGGCCUGUCUGAGGUUCACAAUCUUUACAAGAGCUAUCUUAAGGACGCCAAUCAAUUUGUUGAAUCACACCAUUCAACCGUUCGAAGCGCCCUGACGUUUGGCACCCGUGCCAAGUACAGGCUACUCUCAGAAAAAACUUACUAUGCAUACAGAACGCCCAUGAUCCGGACCAUUUGCAUGCUCAUUCGCUUCAUGCAUUUCAAAAUGCGCAGAAAAAGGAGCCGCUCUACUGGAAACAAGUCUCUUCAAGCUAAACGGUCCCUUGGCACAUUCACUGUGGCAGGGAAUGCGGUACAAUUUAUGGCUGCCCAGGCACUCUAUCGAUAUAUCAUUACCACCGAACGCACAAGCUCCAACAUCCUCUCAGAACUUAUUCACGACUUGGUAGCCUCAUUAGUCAGGCAGGAAAUUAGGAGCAGCGAAGUUAUGGAGUGCCCCACAGACCAAGCUUUAUUCUUAUCUUCUAUCCGAGGCGAGGACCAAUUUCAACGUGCUAACCCCCUUACUCGAGAUUGCGCUCAAUUCUCUCACAACUUCUAUGCUAUUAUCGCCCAGUUCUCCCGACUCAAGGAUGGCAAUAUUGCAAAAUUUACGCCUUUCGAUGAGGCCAGCUGGAUGGAGGGAAAAGGGGAAGGGUAUCAAGCAACUGGACCGGAAGAGUUGUUGGAGGUAGAUGGAGCGGCUGAAGGUGAGAUGGAAUUAGAAGAAGACGGCGAGGAUGAGGACCAGGACCAGGAUGACACCAUGUUUGAGUUGUUUUCUGAUGAGAGCGACUCAGAAGGUGAGGCGGAUGAAGAAGGUUACCAGCAAAGUGCAGGCGGUGAAUACCUGGGGUGCAUUGCGGCGGAAGGAACCUUUAUGGAGGCAAUCAGCUCAUCGUCGCAUAGUCUUGGAACCGCCAAAAACAUGGCGGAUCCAUCAUCAGAUCUGCUGGCAAUUAUUGCAGAAGAAGUGCGCUUCUUGAAGCCAGUGGCCGGCGAGCACCCUGGCUAUUCUACCCCCUUCGAUAGAUUCAAAGGUACUUGGCAUGCUGCCAGUAGGGAGGCGUUUAGAGAGUGUCGCAAAUUUGGAUUUUCUUUUAGCGCAGACGGCCAAUGCCUCACUAUACAGGACACAAAUCUGCAGCCCAAGACUAUUCCGUUCUCACAACUUGCGACCUGCGUGCAAAUCCUUUUCAGACAGUUGGAUUCACAUAUUCUCCUAACCAUUCCCAGUGAUCUUCACCAUUUGUACCACGAAUUCGAAGCGGACAAGUUCACUGACAACCUUGUCGAACCAAAAUCAAUUUUUAAGCAGGAGGGUAACACUCAAAUCCUGGCGCGGAUCAUUGCUGAGGUUCAGGCUGGCAUACUAAGGCCAGGUAUGACAAUAGACGAGAAAGCAGCCCAUCAGCAGCUCAAGCAAUGGGAUGAUAUUGUGCCUCUAAUCAUUGCUGCAUUUUGCCUUACCUGCGGAGUUCCUCCUCGUGGUUUCCAGAUUCAUUCUAUGUUAUUCGACCACUGCCCGAUUACUGAUAAAGACCGUAACCUCUUCAUUAUUGACGGCUUGCCAGCUCUUGGCAACCCAGUUGCAAAGCAGCGGGACAAAGGCGUUCAAGAGUGUCUCUGGCUUUUCCCACAAGCCCUUGCUCGACCAUUUCUAUUUUACCUUGGAGUUCUUAGGCCUACUAUACAAAUACUUCUCAAGGACCUUGGGUACAACACCGCAUACCAAGGUACCCACAUUUUUACCCGUGCAAUUCCACAGCGUCGACCAGACCUCUCACAAUUCUGGAAUGGAAGUGAUGUCAACCAGGCCCUUCAGCAGGCCACUACGUCACUCCCAAUUCAGCUAACUUGCGCAAUGCUAAGACACAUCAUCAUUGCAGUAUUUCGUCAGCACUUUCCAGAUCUUUGGGAUCAUGAUGGUCUGUUUGGGUUGUCCAUGACAGACCGUCAAGCCUCACAAAGCGGACCACUGCACUACGGACAAGUUUACUCCAUCCCACCCGCCCUAGGCAUGACGCUUCAACAGGCAAAGCGCUACAUCACCAUUAGCCAGAUGCUGCAAACGACUUACGGACUCAGACCUGCAGAUGAAGCCUGGAAGGACUUGUUGAUCGGGUCCCAUUUAUUUGCGACGUCCAAACACCUCGAUUAUGCGUUCUCCGUUGCUCGAUGGACUGUAAUGCAGCAAUAUGGCCUAUGUGGCAAAGCUUCUGAGAUCAAGAUGAUGGCUCAGAAUGUUCUAAAAGGCGCUCCUUACAUUCAGAAUCACACUGCGGCAUUCCCAUCUAAGAUUGGGGACGCUGUACUAAUUCAAGUGUCAAGCGCUGUUCUGUUUGGACCAAACGCGCCAGAGAACUUUAGCACACCACCCCUGGGCGGGUAUCUGCCUACUGAUAUAGCUCAUGCCGUAGCUUUUAUUAUAUUAGCCAUUGAAGAGUGGGCUGACGGUGCCUUCCAGCCAAUGCAACUAACUCAAUCGUCCGCUUCGCGCCAUCUCAAGGAGCUUCACGCUGCAGCAGAGAAGAUCAUGGGUCUACUCAAAGUAUCCAAUACUGAAGGGUGGAUCAAACUAAGCGCUGAGGUCCACACUUUCCGACUUACGCGCUUUGUAGCCAGGCAGGUAUGGAAUGUUCGAGGUCUGCCGCUGGCAGAAGAAGGUGGGAUCAACAGUGAACUGCCUCCAUUGCCAUUAGCUGCAGCGCCCCAUGGCCAGCUGCCUUGUUACGUCCCAUCAACAUGUGAACAGGCCCUUCAUGCCAUCGGACCUUUGAAGGCGCGCGUCUGCGCUAUGAGAGGAGCUAAGGAGGGCAAAGAAAAUGAUGGAAUCACUUUCUUGCCUAUGAAGCGCAAGGCCAAGCUCACCAAUCAACAUGUCAACAAACUAUAUGCGCUCUCUGGGCUACUGAAAUCAAAUGCUGCUGCUGUUAAAAAAGAUGAGCGUGGUAGGUGGAUGGAGCAUAUCGAGGGCUCAGAAAUCCGUGUUUGCGGAAAAACAACAUCCCUGCUAAACACGCUCCUCCCAACCUCACCCUCCUCUCAAGUCAACCUCCAAUCAAACAUCAGCCUCCCUACGUCAGAAAAUGCGCCGCCCCCAAUCCAUGCAAAUUCACAUGCUUCGAUGCUUUCUGAUCCAUUGUCCGUGUCUACGUCUGCUCUGACACUCUCUGCAAUUCAGGAGGAGGGAGAGCAAGGGGGGUCUUUGCUCCAUGCGUUGAUAUCAGCCUUGAUCGAACCUGUCCAGUUCAGCGUUGAUGGCAAGACAGAUAAAGAUGGCGAAUUCCAGGAGAAUAUUGUUAGGUGAGUCCAAUCUUAAUCGCACCUUUCCUUCCUGUUUCCACUCUCGCAUUGGGUUGUUGAUAUUGGGACGGAACUAGGAUAUUGUAUACAUCAGCGACGAGCUGCAACGGCACUUUUUCAGCUGUACAGA